AUGGAAUCAAUUUUAACAUGGCUAUUGGAUCAUUUGAUGUAUUAUUUUAUUUUAUUAACACAACAUUUAAAUUUAGAUUUAAUUUAUUUAGCUUGGCUAUGGGCAUUAUUUAAACCACUUUGCCUAGUUUUAUUUGCAUUAUGGUUGUUACCAGCUACUAUUUUAUUAUUUAUGUAUGGUUCAUCUUUAUUCUUACUUAUCUACAAACAUUGGAAUCGUUUAAAAGCUGCUUAUUCGGAAGAUGUAUGGUUUGGUGCACUCAAUACAUUAGCUGUCAUUUGGGAACUUCAAGCAUCCAUAUGGCAUGGUUAUGAGGUUGAGGGACUCGAACACAUUCCUGUGACAGGACCGGUGUUAAUUGUUUUUUAUCAUGCUGCAAUACCGAUUGAUUUUUAUUAUUUAUUUGCAAAAAUAUGGCUCUAUAGAAAUCGUCGUGUAAGAGUUGUUGCUGAUAAAUUUGUUUUCAAAAUACCCGGUUUAGCCACAUUAUUAGAAGCACUAGAAAUUCAACCAGCAACAGCAGCAAUGUGCAAGUUAAUGUUGGAUCAAGGACAUGUACUUGCAGUAAGUGGUGUACGUGAAGCACUAUUUAGUGAUCAUAAUUACCAAUUAAUUUGGAAAGAUCGAAAAGGAUUUGCAAAAGUUGCAAUUGAUGCAAAAGUGGUAUGUUAGCAUUUUUUCCGCUAAUCUUCGGUAGUGAAUCAGUAUUACUAUCUGUUUCAAAAUACAAGGCACCCUGCCGUUUUUUGAAUAACUCACGAUAGAAAAGAGAUAGAGACAUGCGGUUUUCACCACUGUGUAGCUGACACUUGCAGAAAUUAGAAAAAGGGUUUUUUUCCGAGCAGCCCACCAGUUGCAGGUGGUGUACCACAUCAAUCUUUCAAAGAGUACCACCGUACGGAGCGAAAAAAAGCGUGUCUUUUAAUACGGAUGGGGGGAUUCGAACAACCAUACAUUAGUCUACAAAUACCCCCAUGAACGAGAGUUUCAUCUCUAACGGUCCGAGCAGGGUGCGGACUUUCCUGAGACUGCCAAGAUUCAGUUUUUUUAACUUUUUCAAGCCCACAAAAGACUUGAAUUAUAGGUUUUCGACCAUGCUGGAUCUCAUGGCAAUGUUUUGAAAAAGAUCAGAAUCAUUCUAAACCCGAUUCCAGCUGGAAUCGGAUUUAGAAUGAUUCUGAUCUUUUUCAAAACAUUGCCAUGAGAUCCAGC